UAUGGGUGGUGGGAGACACUAAAAAUUUCAGAUAAGGUUGUAAAGCAAAAGGAAAAAAGUUGAAAACUCAUUCUGAUGGAUAAAAAUACUGUAAUUAAGGAUGCUAAACCAUCUUAUGUGUUCUGAAAACAAUGUUCUGGUUUGCUUAGCAGCUAAUCAUCUACUUUUUUGUUUUGUUUAAUAUCUCUUCAGAAGCAGUUCAGUAAUUACUACUUUUAUGAACUUAGAAGAAAUUUCUAUUAUAAGGAGAUUUUAGUUUGUUAGAGUUGCUAGAUUUUAAUGAUGCAGAAUUUUAUCUGUUCAAAAUUUCUACACAAAUCUCUUUAAAAUAUAUGUUCUGAGAUGAGGCUCACUGCUUGUCUAGGCCCUGGAUUCAAUCCACAAUACUGCAAAAUAAAUAAAUAUAGAAUUCUCUGUUUAAAAACCAAGAUGAACUUAAAUUUGUCUUUUAUAUAACUGGGGAUAAUGUGAAAGGACCUUUUACCAGUCUCACAACAGUGGUAGUCAAAAACAUGUUAUUAGUGUUAGAACUAUUUCUAUAAAUAGAAAAUCAGUGUUAAUAUGAGCUAUUUGCUAAUCUGUUUCUAGAGAACUGGACCUCAGUCUGCCUAUGUUAUGCUUCUCACUGUAGUUGGUAUGACAGGUUCAUGCCACCAUGUCUAACUUUUCCAUUGAGAUGGGGUCUCAUGAACUUUCUUUUGCACAGGUUGGCAUUCAUCCUUGGGCUCAUAGAUAGCAAGGAUUGUAGGUCUGGACCAUCAGUGCCUAACUAAAAGGAUCUGUUGGGUGGUACUGGGAUUUGAACUCAGGGCUUUGCAGUGCUAGGCAGGCCCUCUACCACUUGAACCACACCACCAACCAUAUUUCUUAAAAAUAAGCUUACCAAACUUCAAGCUUAGCAAAGAUAAAGUGAUAAUUGUAUCAGACAGUGUAAGCAGAAGACCUUGAAUAUACUGGAGAUACUGUAAGUCUUUAAUUUCUUUGGCUUUUUAAAAUUAGAUUGACUUGAUGCAUAUGAAGCACUCAGAAGUGCCUGGCACACAGUAUAUAAACAAGCACCACCUAAAAUGUCUGUAGUAUUACAUAGAGGUUUGGAUCAGAUUCAUUCAAAUGGCUAAAAGGUGACUUGAGUUGAUCAACUAUUAACUUUUGUCAAGACUGGGCAUGUUGAAGUUUUCCUUUGGGUUCCUAGCCUACUCAGCACAGCCCCUUAAGGCCAACUAAAUAAAAAGCAAAGAGUUUAGUUUAAGAAACAUAACAUGGUCCUAGACUAUAUGACACUUCAGCUUUCAAGACCUCUCAUUAUGUGUAGGACCAGCUGGUAUUGACUGUGGAAUGGGAAGAUGAUAUUAGAGCUACAAGAGGCCCUCCACAUCGUCAACUAUCUCCUUUCUCCCUCUUUAUUGUGGAGAUAUAAGAAAAAAAUUAACACUGAAGGUGAUGUUCCUCCUUCUAUGUCAGGAAGCUGUGCUGUGUGUGUAGACAGGGUACUGUACUUGUUUGGAGGACACCAUUCAAGAGGCAAUACGAAUAAGUUCUACAUGCUGGACUCAAGAUCUACAGACAGAGUAUUACAAUGGGAAAGAAUUGAUUGCCAAGGAAUUCCUCCAUCAUCAAAGGACAAACUUGGUGUCUGGGUAUAUAAAAACAAGUUGAUUUUUUUUGGAGGGUAUGGAUAUUUACCUGAAGAUAAAGUAUUGGGAACUUUUGAAUUUGAUGAAACAUCUUUUUGGAAUUCAAGUCAUCCAAGAGGAUGGAAUGAUCACGUACAUAUUUUAGACACUGAAACAUUUACCUGGAGCCAGCCUAUAACUACUGGUAAAGCACCUUCACCUCGUGCUGCCCAUGCCUGUGCAACUGUUGGAAACAAAGGCUUUGUGUUUGGUGGGAGAUACCGAGAUGCCAGAAUGAAUGAUCUUCACUUUCUUAAUCUGGAUACAUGGGAGUGGAAUGAAUUAAUUCCGCAAGGCACAUGCCCCAUUGGCCGAUCCUGGCACUCACUAACACCAGUUUCUUCAGAUCAUCUUUUUCUCUUUGGAGGAUUUACCACUGAUAAACAGCCAUUAAGUGAUGCCUGGACUUACUGCAUCAGUAAAAAUGAAUGGAUACAAUUUAAUCAUCCCUACACUGAAAAACCAAGAUUAUGGCAUACAGCUUGUGCCAGUGAUGAAGGAGAAGUAAUUGUUUUUGGUGGGUGUGCAAACAACCUACUGGUCCAUCACAGAGCAGCACACAGCAAUGAAAUACUUAUAUUUUCAGUUCAGCCAAAAUCUCUUGUACGGCUAAGCUUAGAAGCAGUCAUUUGCUUUAAAGAAAUGUUAGCCAACUCAUGGAACUGCCUUCCAAAACACUUACUACACAGUGUUAAUCAGAGGUUUGGUAGUAACAACACUUCUGGAUCUUAAGGCUUCAUAAUAGGUAACACUGAUCAACUGAUCAACGUGCAUGGACAACAAUCCUGGAAUCGUCACAGAGUGGCAUCAUUUGUAUAACUAUAUGCAUUGUCGUAGUUUGCAGCUUUUUGGUUAUAAUGUGCAUGUGAAUGGCCUAGAGAACCUAUUUUUGUGUCUAAAGUUUACAAUAAAUGUAUUUAACACCAGUAACUGUCCUCUAUUAAAGCAGAAAAUUAAUGCUUUGGCUUCUUAUCCCAAGAAUGGUUAUUACAUUUGUUUGGUAACUUCAGGAUAUAGAUCUAUAGAAACACAGUAUGUAGUUUUACCACUAUCAAAUUGGUAAAGUUUUUCUACAAAACAUUAAAAUUUUAGUUUUUUCUUUAAAUAGGACUAGUCUACAAUUAUGCAGCCUAGUAUCAUAAAUACAACAUAAUAAAGGUUUUUUAAAAUACUAAUUUCAAAUGGCAAACUCUUCUCAAUAGGACUAAGAACUGUAGAGGGACCAAUAACUAUUUAGUACUUUGACCAUAAUGCUUUGGUAUGGGGCAAGUGAUGAUGUUGACCAUAGGUAGGGGCUGUUCAAAGUAACAGUUUUAUGGCUCAUAAAGGGAUGGAAAUAAUGUAUGACUUUAUUCUCCAUUCUGAUAGGAGACAGAAGAAGAAAUCUGAGUCAGGGGACUUUAGUAGUAAGCCUAAAGUGCACUUCUGAUAUAAGUUAAGAUACUCUGUAACAUGCUAUUGAUAACUACUACAGGUGUAAAAGAGAAUGGUACAAGGAAGAAAUUAAGAUGAAAAGUGAAGAUGUAUAAAUGCAUGGAAAUGGUCAACACCAGUUUCUUCUAGGUUAUUUCUUUCUUAAGAUGAGUCAUGGGAAUUAUUAAUAUUUUCUACAUCAGGUCUAAUAUAUAUUUUUGACAAAGUUUUCAACAUAACAGUUCUAA